AUGACCUUCACGCCAUCCAUCCACCCCUGGAGAGCACCCGACCAACAUGAGGAGCACCAAUACCUCGCUAUGAUUCGCCACGUCAUGGACCACGGCGAAUUCCGCGCAGACCGCACAGGAACUGGCACCCGCUCCAUCUUCGCCCCCCCCUCCAUGCGAUUCUCUCUCGAAAACGACAUCUUUCCCCUCCUGACCACAAAGCGAGUCUUCUUCCGCGCUGUAGUUGAGGAGUUGUUGUGGUUCGUCAAGGGCGACACCAACGGACUCCAUCUCUCAGAAAAGGGUAUCAAGAUUUGGGAGGGUAAUGGCUCGAGAGAGUACCUGGACAAGGUCGGAUUGUCGCACCGCAAGGUUGGGGACUUGGGUCCUGUUUAUGGAUUCCAGUGGCGUCACUUUGGGGCCGAGUACAAGGAUUGUGAUACCGACUAUACGAAUCAAGGUGUUGAUCAGCUUGCGGAGGUCAUCUGGAAGAUCAAUAACACGCCUACUGAUCGUAGAAUCAUCAUGAGUGCCUGGAACCCAGCUGAUCUCGGAAAGAUGGCAUUGCCUCCUUGCCAUAUGUUUUGCCAGUUCUACGUGUCAACACCAACAGAGGAACAGCCCAGGGCCAAGCUCUCAUGCCAGCUUUACCAGCGAUCGUGCGAUAUGGGACUCGGUGUUCCAUUCAACAUUGCAUCGUAUGCGUUGCUGACAAAGAUGAUUGCGCAUGUUACGGAUCUGGACUGUGGCGAGUUUAUUCACACCAUGGGUGACACCCAUAUCUACCUGGACCACACCGAGGCACUGAAGAUCCAGAUCGGGCGUGAACCGCGUGCGUUCCCCAAGCUCUAUAUCCGCCCUCACCAGACGAAUGAAGCUGAGGCUAAGGAAGGAGUCAAGAGGACGAUUAGCAACAUUGAUGAGUUUAUCUUGGAGGACUUUGUUCUGGAGGGAUAUGAGCCCCACAAGAAGAUCGACAUGGUCAUGUCCGUGUAG